GGGUAAGUGUCUGCCCUUCCUUGGGUAAUGUUGUGCCGGUUCUUGACUCCCCGUGAUGCUGACCAACCCUAACCUCGGUCUUCUUCCUGCAGCAGCCCGGUGUUGUCGCGGGCCCUUACGUGGCACCCGCCGGUGUCGGUGCAGAUGGACAACCGCGCCUUCGUGCAGAGAACGCACUCGACGCUCUGUUAGACGAAUUGCAAACCUUCGCAAGGCCCCCAUCUGAGGCAGGGAGCCGCAAGAGUAGCAUCGAUGUAACACCCGCCACACCUCUGGCCACUGCUGCCCCGACCAGCCUCACUGUCACUUCCGCCCUUAGCACUACUAAUACGGGCGUCAGGCGGCUGCCGUCCUUCCCCAGUUCUGACUCCCAGUCGUCCCCAGUCAAGACCCCAGCCUCAGUAUUUCCUGGGGUGUCCAGCACACUCCCCAGGGCAGCAGGCAGCAGCAGCCAGGCGCCCCUGCCACCCCCGCGUGAUGAACACCGCCUUAGUGUGGCCUCCAAUGCUUCAGCAGGAUCUGGCCGAUCAUCUCCAAGGGGCAGCAUUAGUGGAGAGCCACACCGUUUGCCUCCCCCACCUCCCCCCCGGACCUCAUCUAAAUCCCCCAUGCUGUCCCCUUCCUCGCCCAUGAGUCCAGCCCCGAGGUCAGCCUCGGUUCCCCCAGGUGGGGUUGUGGCGACAGUGGUGGGCGGUGUGUUACGGAACUCUGAGGGUCGUGAAUUGUAUGGUCCGGUGCUGCGGCAACGGCCACCCCUUGGACGAGGCUCGUUUAGCGAAGACUCAACAGCCUCGUCAGCCUCCACCAACAGUUCGACGAGUAGCGCAAAGGCUGGGCAGCUAUCCUCCAACAGCAGCAGUACCGAGAGUGUCAACUCUCAGGAAGGAGCUGGGCAUCGCCAGCAAAAUACAAGCAAUGUGCCACCAACACCACCUCCAAAACAGAGGCAGGAAAAUUUAGAAGCAAGGCAUAUGGAGCUACUUAGGCGUCAGAAGCAGUUGCAAGAGCAAUAUCAACGCCUUCAGGCACUCCAGCGUUCAGGAGGUCGUCUCGCUCCGGCCAAUGUGGACUUAAAGAAAACAGGUAGUGAGAGUAAUCUGUCAGCACGCCUAGGCCUCUCCUUGGCACCAGUGUCACACGGGUCACUCUCGAACCUUGCUUCUUCCCCAUCCCCCUCCCAGUCCCAGUCCCAGGCCUCUCAUACCAACACCCUCCCCAACCCCAAGACCUCCUCCUUAGCUACUGUGGGAGGGGACACGCACCUGACAACAAAACGCACUAGUGGUGGCCUGGUUGAAACAGAUAUUCUCUGAAGGCCCUGGGUUCUGUUAAUACACCGAGUAUGGAGGAAGACUCUCCUUAUUCAUGAGAAUAGGAUAUGUAAAUAUGUAAAGUUUAUACAUACAAGAAACUGCCAACAGAGAGACUAAGGGAAACUUACCAUGCAAUAUACGCUUUAUUUAGGACUCAUUUUGCGUCAUUUGACAAAACAUAAUUUUUGUCAUGGUUAUUUCAAGGUUUAUCUAUGUCAUUAAAAUCAAAAGACUUUUUGCCUACCAAACUCCUUGAUCAACAAGAAGAUUUUAAGGAUAAUUUCUUAUCUGAUGACAUACAUAAAGUUCCAAAAAAGGUGGACACAAAAAUGUUGCUCAAAAACAGGAUGCUAAAGAAAGCCAAAAGAGGAGUAUAAUUAUAUGUUAUACUUGGUGUACUAUAAUGAGUGAGGAACAGAUAUUUCUGUCUGAAUAUAACAUGUAGUUAUAGUCCUGGCUAAAGGAUAUAAGCAACGCUAAAAUUGUUUAAAAAAAAGGUGUGCAAGUCUAUGAUCUUAAGCCAGCUUUGUAUGUCUGUAUAUUUAAUGAAACAACUGAUUUGUAUUACAUACUCAUUAACAUUUGGAGUGUGUGUGUGUGUGUGUGUGUGGUAAAAUCAAUAUUUAGAGACCAUAAUCAUCAUAGUAAUAAAAACUUCAUCAAGUGUAGUUUCAUAAUUACAGUGCUGAUUUAACAAAUGUGGGUAUUGUUAGGUUGGUGUAUCCACGCAGUAUGGCACCCACAUGAGCGAAGCAUAUCAGGGUCCUGAAUAAACUAUGUUAUAUUAGUCUAACCACAAUAUAUGUUUAAGUGUCAUAUUUUUACUAAAUAAUCUUGAUUCAUGGUUGAUUUUCUCUCUAAAAGUAUUUCACUUGAUAUCUAUUUUAUAGCUUGGCUUUGGGAUUAAUAGACUUGCAGUUAAUUUCUUUACUCUCAUGAAUUAUGACAAGAAAGUUUCAUGUAAAUAGGUUAUAAAACUGCACAUGUUUAUGUAUCUGAUACUGUCAAUUGUGUAAUUUUAUUUAUUUGUCUUUUUUUGUGACGAUGUUGCGCACAAUACCAUUGUCACAACUUAAAUUAUUGUUAUUAACACUACUGGCCAUAUUUUAAAGGUAUAUCAAACUGGGCAAAGUUUCAUAUAGAAACUGUUUUUGAUGAUUUGCUAGAUAUUUCAGGAAUAUGUGUAU